AUGGAAAAGUUGCUUGCCAAACUAUCUCCGAAGCCCCCUUCGUCUGGUGACAACCCUACUGAGAAUCAAGAGAUCCUUACGAAGCUGCCUGAGCACCAAGCCCUCCUCGAACACCAAAGAAACGUCCUCGCAAACAAUUGCGGUCCCCCCAACGGCCAAUCUGAUUUUGAUAAAAUUGCCACAGUGGUGCCGUCUACUCCGAUGGAAGAUAUGCCCCAGGCUAUUUCUUCCAUGAAUACUACCCAAUCCGACUCAUUGGGAGUUGAUAUGUCCGAAGUGCUUCGUCUCAAACAGGAACUACUUGCUGCAAAUUCUAAGCUGGCCCUUCAAGAGCAAGAGCUAGCACAGACACGAGUCAUGAAGCACACACUGGAUCAGGCUCUUGGUACCCCCUCUGAAGCUGACUUUGGGGGGCGUGAAGUUACCGAGCAGACAAUAAGCCAUCUCCAAAAUGCUUUUAAUGCAUCAAACUCUACCCUCACGCAGAUACAGGAAAAAUGGAACGCUCAUGACGAUGCACACUCAGAUGUCUCUGACGCGCUUUCCACAGGUGGGUAUAACAGGGCUCGAGGGUUUUGGCUCCCUCAGUCCCAGCAAGCAUUCGGCAUGCCUAUGAGAGCUUCCACAAGUGACAGAACUUUUGGCGAGCCUGUCCCCGUAUCCAACAAUACCUUCAGUCAUGAUUCCGACAGACUCUGGAACAAUCAUCCUACGGCUUUGAGCACGGGCAGUUCCUUUCAGCCACAUCGAAUUCUCUCGGGACCAUCUUUCGGCACUAGCAGCUCUAAUACACAGUUCUUUGACGACCAAACUCGGUGUAUUCCAAGUCCAAGCGUAGGGCAGCGUCGCUCGAUCAUCCCAUCCAAUCGCUCUGGUUCUUUCUUCCCAACACAAAACUCUCCGUGGGGAUCACUUCAUACGAGCUCUCCUAGCAAUCAGCUCCCCCAGACGCCUACAAAUCGACCAUGCACCACUUAUCAGCAGGUGGGCCUAUAUCCUAUCCCUCCAUAUCACCAACGGCCUAUCGGGACUCCCCUCUCGCCCACUGCGACUGAGUUCACUUCUUCUAGCGCAAGUGUUAUACCCUGGGUGGCUCCACCGGCCGGCACAAAUACUUUUCAGACAUACAUAUCCCCCCUCGAACCACUCAAUUACCGACGACUUCUUGACAAGAAUGUAUCUUGUGACUGGAAAUAUAUAGUUGACAAGAUCGUUUGUAAUAAUGACCAACAGGCCUCCAUCUUUCUACAACAGAAGCUUAAAGUUGGGACAACAGAGCAAAAAUACGACAUCAUUGAAGCCAUUACGCAUCAAGCUUAUCCACUCAUGGUUAACCGCUUCGGCAACUUCCUUGUCCAGCGCUGCUUCGAGCAUGGGACUCCGGAACAAGUUGUUGCCAUUGCCAAUGCCAUCAAAGGGAAUACUCUGAGUCUCAGUAUGGAUCCAUUCGGAUGCCAUGUCGUCCAAAAGGUUUUCGACUGUGUUCCAGAAGAGCAUAAAGCUGUUAUGGUCCAUGAGCUCCUUCGCAGAAUUCCAGAAACAGUGAUUCACCGGUAUGCAUGCCAUGUGUGGCAAAAACUGUUUGAGCUACGCUGGAGUAACGAGCCACCCCAGAUCAUGGAGAAGGUGAACGAAGCGUUGCGUGGGAUGUGGCACGAGGUUGCUCUAGGUGAAACUGGCAGCCUAGUGGUCCAAAAUAUCUUCGAAAACUGUGUGGAAGACGAGAAGCGUCCGGCUAUCGAGGAAGUACUGGCAAAGAUCGAUGUGCUUGCCCACGGUCAAUUUGGCAACUGGUGCAUUCAACAUAUUUGUGAGCAUGGUGCUCCCCAUGACAAAAAUCGAGCAAUUGAACAUAUUCUUCUGCGCUCAGUCGACUAUAGUAUGGACCAGUUUGCUUCCAAGAUCGUGGAGAAGUGCCUGAAGAUAGGGGGAUCUGAUUUUCUGGACCGCUACCUUUCUCGAGUAUGUACCGGUCGCACUGACCGACCACGAAUGCCUCUCAUUGAUAUCGCUGGGGACCAAUACGGGAACUACCUCAUUCAAUGGAUUUUGCUGAAUGCUGCACCCCAUCAACGCGAGCUAGUUGCCACUCACAUUAGAAAGCACAUGGUAUCGUUGCGUGGCUCGAAGUUCGGUUCUCGUGUGGCAAUGCUCUGUUGCAACCCGUCCCAUGUGACCCGACCUGGGCCAGGAGUUGGUAUGCAGGUUGGUCGUUUCAGUAACAUCACUGAUGACAGAUUUCACUCGUCAGGACAGCAUGGAGGGCGAUUGAACCGCGGGAACCAGUGGAAUCCGAAUUAUCCACCGUUCCGCUGA